AUGAUAACUUAUUUUUAUUUAUCUCUAAUAUCUUUUUAUUUUACAAUUUAAUUAACAAAUUCCUGUUAUAUAUUCAAUAAAAAUUAGAUAAUUUGAUUACUAGCUGCUAAUAAAGAAUCUAUAUUAAGGAGAAAUAAAAAUUAUUUGAAACAAAUCAAUGUAAAACAGGUUAUAUUNAAUUAGAGCUACUUUAAUAAGAGUUUUAAAAGUCAAGAUUUUACUUUGGCAUCUACGAUUACGAAAAUUUUAGCAAUUAAUUUUUAUGGUUUAAAUUAUUCAAAAGAUGUAAAUUUUGAUUUUUAAGGAGCUGAUGGACCAAAAAAUACAACUUAAGAAUAUAGAUAUUAUGUUUAUCCUAGUAUUUAUAAAAAAAUAUUAAUUAGAUGGAGGCGGAAGUUAUAAUAACAUUUUUUGGAUUAUGAGAAAUAUUACUACAGUAUUUUCCCCAUUAAAACUUUAAAAUUUAUCAAUUAAGAAUCAAAAGUAUAUUAAUGAAACAUUUUAAACUUCAAUUGCACUCUUUAUUUAUUAAACAAACUUAGAACUUACAUCUACUAGGACUUUCUAGGCAAUUAUUGAGAAACAAUUUAAAAAAAUAAAAAUUUUGGUAUCAAUAAAAUGUUAAGAAAAUUUUGGAAUAUAAAGCUAAUUCUAUAAAUAUUCAAAUCGGACUUUAUAGAAAAAAUUUAAUUUUAUUCAUUUUUGCGAUUCUUAAAUACGUCAAAUGAUUUAUGAAGUAUAAUAUUAAACAAUAGAUGACGCACAUUAAGAAUUAGAAAUUAGAAUUUAAGGAUCAAAUUGUUCUGUUUUUUAAAUACUUUAUAAUUAAGUCAAAGUACAAAAAAUAUUAUUUCAAAUAUCAAUAAAUGAUUGA